ACAUUUAAAUCAUAAUCUGCAAUCCAAAAUGGUUGAGAAAUCAGCGGUCCCUACUCAUUCAAAGCUACACCCCAUAGCACCGUAUCCCUGCCCAAGGCCAUCUCGUCUAAAGCGUCUCUCUUCUUUCUCUAUAUUCGCUCUUUCUUCGCCAUUUUUACUUUUCUCUCUCCUCUCUCUCUCUCUCUCUCUAGAAAUUGACGCAUCGCAAUCGAAGCCAACACUCACAAAGGCGCAUAUAUACAUACAUUUUUGCAUACAUAUUUAUUGCUCCAUUUUUAUUUAGUUAGGGUUUAAGAAAUUCACAACCCUUAAUAGCAAAUUCGGGGCUCCAUUUUGAAUGCGUUCGAGAUUCGAAUGUGAACUUUGAAGUUGACAGUGACUGAGGGUUUUUGAGAAGCUAGAGGUUUUCUUCCUUUUCGUAUCUUCCUGCAAAUCGUCGAUCUGUGAACGAAUGGAUUCAGCAUCUUCGUCAUUGCUAUUUCCCCCGGCGGAUGGGUCGCCGGCAGCGGCGGCGAAGGUGGAGGACGACGGUGCUAUGACGGUUGCGGCUGGGCUGGCUAAGGAGGCUGCGCUGCUUUUUCAGGCUGGGAAAUUUCUUGACUGUUUGGCAAUUUUGGGUCAGAUAAUGCAGAAGAAAGGGGACGAUCCGAAGGUUCGUCAUAAUAUGGCCAUUGCUGCUAACUUUCAAGAUGGCUACUCAGAUCCUCAAAGGCUUAUUGAAGUAUUUGAAAAUGUCCAGAAACAAAGUGAGGAGCUUGCGCAUACAUCUGUAGAGCACUUAGAAGUUGUUAGCAGUGAUGGAAGAAAACCUAUGACUGGCAUGCUGGAAAAUAAUAAUGCAGCGGACAAUUUUUCUACUUCAUCAGUUGUUUACAGUGGCGAGUUUGACACCUCGGUGGCUGUUUUCAACAUAGCUCUUAUCUGGUUUCAUCUUCAUGAAUACGCAAAAUCAUUCUCAUAUUUGGACACAUUGUAUCAGAAUAUCGGACCAAUUGAUGAGGGAACAGCCCUUCGUAUAUGCCUCUUGUUGCUGGAUGUUUCGUUGCUUUCUCACAAUGCAUCAAGAUCUGCUGAUGUGAUAAGCUACAUGGAGAAGAUCAGCGUGACUAAUCAAGUAGAGAAUGGUACCUCAGCACUACACCAAUCUUUACUAGUGUCAAAAUCCACUCUACUUCCGAGUAAUUCAUCCAUUCUUGAUUCUUCUCACCCCGAUUCAGUAGUUAUUGCAAAUUCAUUGGAAAAUUCUUUAACUAGAACUUUAUCCGAGGAAGCACUCGAAGAUGAUCCGUUGCAUUUGCUAUCUUCUCUGAACAUCACUGGACAGAAUCUUCAAAGACUUUCCGGUAUUGCAUCUUCCAAUGACCAUCCAAGGAGCCAAUCAGAGGAGCCUUUAUCAGUCGUUGACUUAAGGCUCAAACUGCAUCUUUACAAGGUUCGCUUUUUGCUUCUUACGAGGAAUCUCAAAGCAGCCAAGCGUGAACUUAAGAUGGCUAUGAACUUAGCUCGUGGCCAAGAUUACCCCAUGGCUCUGUACUUGAAGUCGCAGCUCGAAUAUGCUCGAAGGAACCACGGCAAAGCAAUCAAGCUGUUGAUGGCAUCGAGCAAUCGCACCGAAAUGGGAAUCUCUAGCAUAUACUACAACAACCUCGGGUGCAUCUAUUACCAACUAGGGAAGCACCACACGUCGGGUGUGUUUUUCUCCAAAGCCCUAAAGAACAGCUCGCUUGUGCUGAAGGAAAAGCCUCCAAAACUUCUAAUUGCAUCCUGGGAUAAAUCCCUUCUGAUAUUAUAUAACUGUGGCGUGUAUUCAUUGGCUUGUGGGAGACCCUUCCAUGCAGCUCGUUGUUUUAAAAAAGCCAGUCUUGUUUUUUACAACAGACCUCUUCUGUGGCUAAGGAUUGCCGAAUGCUGUCUAAUGGCCCAAGAAAAGGGACUGUUAAAAUCGAAUUCCUCUGCUUCAGACAAAUCUUGUGUUAGAGUUAAUGUUACUGGAAGAGGGAAAUGGAGGCAGCUUGCUCUGAGGUAUGGGUCUUCUUCGCCAAAUGGUGAUGAUUUAUUUCCAGCUGAUGAAGAACAGCUUGAUCUCUCAAUGAUUUUUGCAUGGCAGUGUCUUGUCAAUGCUUUGUAUUUAUUGAACUCGUUUGAGGCAAAAUAUUCUAGAACUGGUUUGCCCCUCGGUAUGGAGGAAAGUGAACAUACGAAUCACAAAAGUGUAAGUGGUGAUUUCAAUCAAGUUAAUUCGAACGGUGAAGCGAAAGAACUAAAGGGUGGAACCAACCAGAAUGCAUCUUUGCAGAAAUGUGUAGCCGAUUAUGAGUAUAUCUGUACGAAGGAAAUCCACAUGAUAAAGCAAGCCACUCUUGCUGAUUUGGCUUACGUGGAGCUUGCACUAGGAAAUCCUUUGAAAGCCCUAACGACAGCAAAGACACUACUGAAACUUCCGGAAUGUUCAAGAAUGUAUGUUUUCUUGGGAACCGUGUACGCAGCCGAGGCUUUAUGCCUGCUUAAUCGGCCAAACGAAGCCUCCGAAUAUUUGCUGUUGUAUGGUUCUGUUGGAAACAAUUUUGAGCUCCCGUAUAGCAGAGAGGACUGUGAAAAGUGGACAACCGAAAAACUGGUUGACAGUGAAGACUCGAAUAGCGUGACCACUGACAAAUCGCAGGUGCCUGUGUUUUCCAGCCCCGAAGAGGCGCGUGGGAUCUUUUGUGCUAAUUACGCUGCCAAUUUCGCUUUGCUGGGAGACUUUGAGCUGGCUCAACGAUUUGUGACGAAGGCAUUAUCUGACAUACCAAACAGCCCCCAAGCUAUACUCACUGCAACUUAUUUGGAUCUAAAGCGAGGUAAGAUAAACGAAGCUCUUGCCAAGUUGAAACGGCACAGUGCCGUUAGAUUUGUUCCGAGCGGUUUAAAGGUGCAAAACGGUGGUUCUUGAUCGUUAUGUUUUAUUUAUUUAUUUAAUUGGCACAUCAUUCUGAGUUAGAUGCUAGAUUGACAAUCUCCUUUGGAAAAAGGGAUUUGUAACAUAUAUAUAGUUCAGUCCAGGGAAUAAGUUUUUUUACAUUUUCUUUUUCUUAAUUUUUUUUUAAAUUAUUAUUAAGAAGUUUUUGCAUUUAGCUUUAGUAAUUGGUGGUGGUGGUGGUGGUGGUGUGGCUUAAUUUUAGUGAAUUGCAGCAGAUUAAUCCCCAUCUCUACAAUUACAAGAGAUAUGUAGCUUUGAUUCAAUGUCAUAUAGAGGGGCAUGAGAUGGAAAAACUAAGUACUAGAUCAAUUUUCUUAUUACAUGUUU